AUGUUCAUUUGGGAAUUCAAUGUUAAUAGUUACAUUUUCCAAGUUCAAGUCUUCGUCCUAGAUAUGUUAAAGUUUAUUAAAGAAAUGAAGAAUUAUGUAUAAAAAAGAUUUUAUUAAGUUUAAUUGCUGUUUGAAGAACUGUAGUAAAUAUAUCCUUAAUGUACAGAUUGGGAUGUAAUUCUAUUAUUGGAUUUAUCCAAUAAAAGUUUUGAUAGAGCUUUUAAAUUAUUAAAAGAGAGUAAUUAUUUCGUAUAAUACUAUCUAUAAGGUAUAUAUUAAUUCUUAAAUAAUUAGUAUAAUCUUUAAAAAAUGUUGAUAGAAAUGGAUUAGAAAAUAGAUGGAAGAAAAGAUGA